AUGAGCCAGCGCUGCACUUGCAGCCUGGAGGACCCACUGUAUCCGGGACUGCAUCAAAAGAGGAGUGGCCAGCCAGGAAUGGAAGAUGAUUGUCCCUCUCUACACUGUCCUCGUGAAACCCCACCUGCAGUGCUGCGUCCAGGCUGCCCCCCGCAUAAGACAGAUGUGAAGCUGUUAGAGGCGGCGCGGGGCGCGGAAGCGCCCACCGAGGAGAUGGAAGUGCUGGAGCUAGGCAGGGAGGAGGCGGCCGAGGCGAACGCUCCCGACGCGGAGCCCGCAGGGGAGGAGUGCAGCUGGGCCGGGCUGUUUUCCUUCCAAGACCUGCGCGCCGUGCACCAGCAGCUGUGCUCGGUGAACUCGGAGCUGGAGCCCUACCUGCCCGCCUUCCCCGAGGAGCCCUCGGGCAUGUGGACUGUGCUGUUCGGGGCGCCGGAGCUCUCGGAGCAGGAGAUGGACGCGCUGUGCUACCGGCUGCAGGUCUACCUGGUGCACAGCCUGGACACCUGCGGCUGGAAGAUCCUCUCGCAGGUGCUCUUCACCGAGACCGACGACCCCGAGGAGUACUAUGAGAGCCUGAGCGAGCUGCGGCAGAAGGGCUACGAGGAGGUGCUGCAGCGGGCCCGCCGGCGGAUCCAGGAGGUGAGGCUCCAACACGGUCUGCACCUCGGUGCUACCUUUCCCUUCCUCUGUGAUACUUCCACUAGUAGUUCUGUGCGCUUGGGCCAGUCUGCCUCGGCAGAAUUGACCCAGCCAGAAAUGAGUAGGAGCAGGAGGCUUCACCUUUCCAGGGUCUCCACGGCCAAGAAGAGAGAUGAAGUGGUAUAUUAUGACACUUACGAAAGUAUGGAAGCAAUGCUUGAAAAAGAGGAUCCGGCAACAUCUGUACACUUGCAAAAAGAGGAGCUGCAAAAGUUGCAGCAGAAAAUCCGCCAGCUGGAAGCAAGGCGUGGACGUAUUUCAGCCAAGAAAGCCUACCUCAGAAAUAAAAAGGAGAUUUGUAUUGCAAAGCAUAAUGAAAAGGUCCAGCAGCGUCACCAGAGUGAAGAGGAGUACAAAAUGCACCACACUGUUCAGCUAAAGCGAGAUCAGCUACAAGAUGAAGAGGAAAGAAAGAGCUCCUGGGUUAGUCAGGAACGGCAGAAAACACUGGACAGACUUCGCACAUUUAAACAGCGGUACCCUGGCCAAGUAAUACUUAAAUCAACCAGACUACGACUGGCUCAUGCAAGAAGAAAAUGUGCAGCCAGCUCAGCGCCCUCUGUAGAUCAGCCUCAAUCUUUGCCAGCAACCAUACAAAUCCAAGAGAAAAUUGAAGAGGUGGAAUUGGAAAAUGCAGUUCAGCCUUUGCAGGUGCAGGAAUCCACGAGCUUAGAACAACUUCAGGAUAUCUCGUUACCUCCCAGCAGUGUUACAUCUGAACUGCCUCAAGUUGGUCCUUCUCCACUCAUCAAUACUGAGCUACAAACAGAGACUGUUAGUGUAGUACCACUUCCACCCCCUUUGCCUCCACCACCUCUGCCUCCACCUCCACCUCUGCCCUCCAAGGAAGAUACCACCAAAUCCUUGGAGAAAAGCGGCAGCUUUGUCAAACGUCAGAGUGAAGAAAAGGGAGUCCAGCACUCUUCCACUGUCCCAACAGCAUAUCUGUUUGACAGCAGUCAACUAGUCAGUGCCAAGAAGAAGCUUAAGAAGACAGGUGAUCUAGAGGGUUUACAGAGAAGGAGAGUGAGUUCCCCGAUGGAUGAAGUGCUGGCUUCUUUGAAGCGUGGGAGCUUUCACUUAAGAAAAGUGGAGCAGAGAAGUCUCCCUCCUUUUCCUGAUGAAGAUGAUAGCAAUAACAUCUUGGCGCAGAUCAGGAAAGGGGUGAAACUGAAGAAAGUGCAGAAAGAUGUGUUGAGAGAAUCCUUUACAAUUCUGCCCGAUACUGACCCUCUGACAAGGAGCAUCCAUGAAGCAUUACGACGAAUUAAAGAAGCAUCACCUGAAUCAGAGGAUGAAGAGGAGAGUUUGCCUUGCACAGACUGGGAAACUUAACCUGUAAUUAAAUUCAUUUAAAAUACA